AUCAUCAGACUCUCAGUGCUAUAACAGUGGUUGGAUGUUGUCUGUCCCUUGCAGGUCUUGUAACAUCGUCAGUAAUUUACGUAUACUGUUGGAGGAUGGUAAAGUCAAACCGAGCAACCUUGCUGUUAAACCUGUGUGCAGCUCUGUUCGUUGCAUAUCUAGCGUUCCUCAUAGGAAUUAAGCGCACACAAACAACGGGCGCUUGUACAUUCACCGCCGUGUUGCUUCACUACGUGUAUCUCGUGGCAUUCUUCCUGAUGUUGGCAGAGGGAGGCGUUAUUGCGUUGAUGGUGCUAAGCCCGCUAACCAAGAGGGAUAAUGUCCCCUACUUUUUUGCAGGAGCAUAUGGUUUUCCUGCAAUAAUUGUUGGUGUGUCCAUGGUCGCGACACAGUUGGAUGGUUACGGCAAUGACAGAUUCUGCUGGUUGUCAGUGGAGUCAGGUCUGUUUUGGGCGUUUGCAGGACCGGUCCUUGCCAUUGUCGUGACAAACCUCAUUAUCCUGGUGCUCGUGUUGAAACAAUUGUUCGGAGUUGCCGCUAUGUCAAAGAAAACAGACGCUGAGAAAGUCAAGACCGGUGUGCGGAGUGUGUGUAUUCUACUUCCCGUGAUGGGCCUCACCUGGGUGUUCGGUAUUUUUGCAGUCAACAAGGACACGCUCGUCUUUCAGUACUUGUUCGCCAUCUUCAACAGCCUGCAGGGAUUCCUGAUAUUUCUGGUACAAUGCGUGUUUGACAGAAAAGUACGCGACGCUCUCCGCCAGAGGAAGUUACCAUGGUUCACAUCUACCGACGUUCGUACCGGAGACACAGAGAUGGGGUCUACGCAGAAAUCUUCUUAACACAGUGUCAGAGUAUCCACGUAGAAAAGAAAGUCACUACUCAAAGUACAAGGCGGCUUUACUCAUAUGAUUGAUUUCAUAAGUGUUGUAUUCGUAACCAUUGGGCUGUAUCAUAAUAGCGAACCUUAUUCAAUUAUGCAUGAACGCUUUUAAUAUGAUUGUUUGUAUAAUGGUGUGAUGUAUUCAUGAAGUUUGACCAGUUUGAAAAGUAGUGAAUAUGUAGUGCAAAGACAUUUUCAAAUUUUUGUUUUUCUUAUUUUUUUGUAAUUUAUACUCAAUAUGUUACCGCUUUUACUUUUGCAUUGAAGAGCUUUUCAUUGCAGCAUUUUGUUUUAAACUAUGAGAUAAUUUUGAUAAAUAAAACUUCAAAUGACAUGGACUUGUAUUAUAACAAUCUGGACUGUAUUAGUUCUUUGUUUACUAAGUUUGAUAGUAGAUUGUGCAAUCAAGGUUUGAUCGUGAAACAGUCAGAACAUUUGACUGUACUUGCAAAUCCGUUGUCUAGUAGAUAACCAUACUCGUGUUGUUUUUUUGAUUAAACAAAAGACUAAUGCAAUGUGUAUCCUCGUCAGAUAGAUAUUAUGAUUGUAACUUCUAUUCAAAAAGUAUUUUGGGUGUUUUAUAUUUCUAUAAAUAGUAUUUGUAUAUAGGCGUAUUCAAUUUCUCUUUUAAUUUAUUUAUUUUCUUCAAUUUCUUAUACAUAUGAUAAUAAAUGUGUAUGUUUUUGUUUUUUUCUAUAACAUGUAUUGUUUUAUUUUAUUUAUUUUCUCUUAUGGUUAAUAAAGAUAACAAAGUUCAA